CUUUCCUACCAUUCCCCCCCUCGUGCUCAGUGUCGUCGUAGCUCUCCCUGGCUCUCUCUCUCUCUCUCUCGCUCUCUGCUACGUCUUCGUCUUCUUCUUCGUUCAUCGUUCGUGGCUUUUAUUACGUUUAUAGAUUAUUUAUUUAUUUAUUUUUGUUUACGUUUUAAGAGUCUGUUUUCUGUGUUUUACGAUUAUUAUUUAUGUACCUACCAUUGCAAGACUAGUCUCGGUGCUGUGGAGUAUUGCGUCAUUCAGGGAGGGGGAGUGCAGUCUGAGACUUGGACCUCAGUUGUAAUCUGCGUGAAUGUAAGGGAGGGGGGAAUAAACAUUAGUGAAGUCACUGUAUGCGGUGGACUACCACGCUGUUUGAUAAGCGUCUCAUGAGUGACGAUGUUUUGGCAGGUUUCGUACAUGUGAGGUGGUAGUGUUGAGGGUAGAGUUUAGGGAGAAUCUGCGCCACGGCUGCGGCAGAUUUAGUAGGUCAGGAGAAGAGACCGCUGUUUUGGUGUGUUUGUGUGUGUAUGUGUUUUUGAAAUUGAUGUGCUGCAAUUGGUGUGUCUGAGGGAAGGCGAGGUGGAGUUGCUGUUCCUCGAGUCUUGUGUCACUGCAACCUGAGAGGUUUCUAGUGGUUGUGACUUAUGUUGCCAUCGGAGCCCUGGAUGUAUGUCACCAGCUUUAGUGUGGCAGACUCACUUUCUGGAGCUUCAAGUUUUGAACGUGUUCUCAAGUAACUCCGUCGAAAGACUUCAAGUGACCCUCCAAAAUUUGAAGCAAUUUUUAAAAUUAAAGGAACGUCGAAAAUCAUUAACGAGUGCCGACCACAUUCCGAACGAUUGAAUAAUUACUCCAACUGAUGCAGAGUCCCUACAACAGGUAUUUUGAAGAAAGCGAAACAUAGAGCUUCAUGUUUGUCGGAAGCUUUAGAAGUGAAGACCAGCAAAGGUAUGGAAUCUUUGGUUUCUCACAAGGUUGAUUAUUCGACGAUGUCAAUCGCUGCCACCUUCGCUGGCCUUCAUGAUUCAAGUAAGCUGAAGUUUUUCAACAGUGGUUUCGGAGUCAUCAAAAUGGACGAACUUAAGCGAAUAGAAGCGGAGAAUGUGAGCGCAAAAGACAAAGCUAUUAGUUACAAAGAGUGUAACAGAAACCACGCUAUCUUCUCCGGAGGCUACGCUGUCGAUGGAUGCGGGGAGUUUAUGCCUAGUGGAGAGGAAGGCACAAUUGAAUCUCUCAAAUGCGCAGCCUGUGAUUGUCAUAGGAACUAUCACAGAAAAGAGGUAGAGGUAGAGGAAAGUUGUGAUUGGCAAAUUUUCCGAUGCGAUGACAGAAAGCGAGGACAGAUGACAGCUCCAGGAUUUCCUUCUCAGACUGCUACUCCUCAUCCAUUGGCUCUUCCGUCUCCAUCACAAAUGAUCAGUCCUGUGAAUCAGUUCCAGCAUUACUUGUUGGGACCCAGACCAGCGAACUCAGGAGAUGGAGAUGGUGGUUUUGGCAGGUCGCCAUCUACCAUGAAGAAGAGGUUCCGAACAAAGUUCACUUCGAAUCAGAGAGAAAAAAUGGGCGCCUUUUCGGAGAAGUUGGGCUGGAGGAUACAGAAGCACGACGAGCCAGCCGUGCAAGAGUUCUGUUCAGAUGUUGGUGUCAAGCGACAUGUUCUAAAAGUAUGGAUGCACAACAACAAGAACACACUUGGGAAAAAAGUAGAUCAAGUAGAAUGAUCAGUGUAUUCUUCCCUUAACAAAUUCAAUUUAUUUAUUGGCUUCUCCACAGCGGCUGCAGAGAUUUAUGGCAAGAUCGUCCAGAUCGAAUAACGGGUGCUAGUAUUUCGCAUUAGGGAACGCUCGCAUUAGUGAGAUAAUUCAUCAAAUAUUAUUUUGCACCUUUCAGCGAUCAAGUUGCCAGAAACUUAUUUUGAAAUGGAUCAGAGAGAUAUGAAUUACUGUACUCGUAUUUUAGCUCUAGGGAUUUAUUGCCAAGGUAACGAUAUCAGUAACAUGUUAAGAAACUUAAUGAUUGGGAGGCUCCAGUGGACUUCCUGGUUGUGGGUCAGCUCAUUUCAGAAAUUAGGCCGAUUCGUAAACGAUUAUUUUAUUUAGUACGAUAUUAGUGACUAGCGAGAAAGUUCUCAGAGAUCAGAAGGAGUAGCACAGCCUCAGAUCUUUUCGAGAGAGCGAGAGAGAGAGAGAGAGAGAGAAUGUGUGUGUGUGUGUGUGUGGCUUUCCUUACCUUCUUAAUUAAUGUUCAGUAUUUCCUGGUUAUAUGUAA